AUGUUGUCUUCUGCAUCCAAUACCAGCUCAUCGUUGGAUGCAGAUCUCAAUUUACUGAGAGAAGCAACUGGAUCGCAUACGACAUGGAACCAGUAUACAUCAGACACCCACCCAUUCCCGGAUCUCCAGUCUAUGGUACUGCUUGCCUUUGUUGAUGGCGAUAAUGACAUGAAGUCCCCGUUCAAGUUACCUCGUUUGGAUGCCCUCUUGAACUAUCAGACCAGGAAAAAGUCCAAGAUUCCUGUAUUUCCAUCCACAAAAGUCGAUAUCCAGUUGCUGGAAAACAAUACCACGUCUGCUUAUAUCAACUUGCCUUCAGACCACGUCCGGUUUCUUGCUGCCAACCCCAAGAAAGCAAGAAACAUGUUUUCCCUCCCUGACCGCACUCCUAACCAGUUCAUUUGUCUACAACAAGGCGAAAAGUGGAGAACACAUUGA